UUUUCCCACUACAAUUUUAUUCCAGAGCUAGAAAUAUCAGCUGAAUUAUCAUAAUCAGUAUUUUUUCAUAAAUCACGUGAGUCUACCAAGUUGUAAGUCAAAUUUUUAAAUAAAUUUACAUUAGACAAAAAAUGUCGAUAUCUAGAUUUACUGGUAUCGAAUUGGGACCACCUAUUGAAGUUUUUGCACUUCAAAAAACAUUUGUCGAUGAUAAGUUUGAAAAUAAAGUCAGCCUUGUUAUUGGUGCAUAUCGAACCAAUGAAGGAAAACCAUGGGUUUUGCCAGCAGUAAGAAAAGUCGAGAAAUUAUUAGCUGAAGACGAUGUUCAAAAUCAUGAGUAUCUUCCAAUUCUUGGUUUAGAGGCAUUUAGUCGACUUGCAACGACUAUGCUAUUGGGUCAAAAAUCCCAAGCUAUUCUUCAAAGCAGAGCAUUUGGUAUACAGUCGCUUUCAGGCACUGGAUCUUUACGUGUUGGAGCUGAAUUUCUUUCACGUAUUUUUCAUUAUGAUACUUUUUACUACAGCACACCUACGUGGGAAAAUCACAAACUGGUAUUUACCAACGCAGGCUUUAAAAAAGGAUGUGAAUAUCGGUAUUGGAAUGCAGAAACACGUAGUGUUGAUAUUGAGGGUAUGCUACAAGAUCUAAGAGACGCACCAGAAAAUUCAGUUAUUAUUCUUCAUGCGUGUGCUCAUAAUCCAACCGGGUGUGAUCCUACUCAUGAACAAUGGAAACAAAUAGCUGAUGUAAUUGAGCAAAAAAAAUUGUUUACAUUCUUUGAUAGUGCUUAUCAAGGUUUCGCUAGCGGGGAUGUUGAUCAUGAUGCAUACGCACCUCGUCUUUUUGCUGAGCGUGGCAUUGAAUUUUUCUGUGCUCAAAGUUUUGCUAAAAAUUUUGGAUUAUACAAUGAGCGCGUUGGUAAUCUCGUUGUUGUUAUGAAUAAUACUAAAGAAAUAGCACAAGUUAAAUCACAACUGACACUAAUUGUUCGUGGAAUGUACAGUAACCCGCCAAAUCAUGGUGCUCGUAUCGUUGCUACUGUUUUGGGCAAUGACGAUUUACAUGAAGAAUGGAAAGAUCACAUUCGUGUAAUGUCUGACAGAAUAAAACUGAUGAGAAAAGCAUUGUAUGACAGACUAUUAAAAUUAAGAACCCCUGGCAAUUGGGAUCAUAUUAUCAAUCAAAUAGGAAUGUUUUCCUAUACUGGUUUAACUGAAAGACAAGUUGCACACUUAAAGGAUCAUUAUCAUAUCUACAUGCUUCGUAGUGGACGUAUAAAUAUAUGCGCAUUAACUGAUAAAAAUAUCGACUAUGUGGCUAAUGCUUUUCAUGAUGCUGUUACAUUGUUUUCAGAUCCAGCGAAAAAUUCCGUUUAAAUCCAGCCAUAAAGAUAUAACCAAUCAAUAAUAAAGAGAAAAUAAAAUAAAAAAUAUUAUUUCUUGACCAUAUAUCAUUAAGUGUCUUGUAUACAACAAUGGUAGUUUUAUAAUUAGCGAUACAAUUCACAUCAAACGGUUGAGAAUCGAGAUAAAUAUUAAAAACAAAGAGAACAAUAAUUAAUAGAAAAACUACCCUCUUAUAUACGUAUGACAUAAUAGCGGACAUGUUAGCGGGAUAUUAAUAUUAGGAUGCUCGUUGAAAAUUAAAUUUUUUCAGGCGUCCCUUAAAAAGUUUUUUUGUUCGUUGAAAAAUAUGAGAGAAAUAUUUAAAAAUAUUAUUUUUUUUUUAAAUAAAAAUAACAUGCGCCGCAAAGGAAUCAAAGUUGAUUUUUUUAUGAAUCCAUGGAAAUAUCCUAUGAAAUAUGCAGAUUUGAAAAAAAUCUGUAUAAAUGAUUUUAUAAGAAUUUUAAUUCUCUAUAAAAAAUGUAUCCAUUUUUUCAAAGAGUGAAUAUUUAAAACUAUUAAAAAAAAAUCUAUGAAUAUAAAACUAUUCAAAAAAUAAGUUUCGUGAAUCUGACCUAGUUAAUGCAAGAAGUAUUUUUUUAAAUAUCAAUUAAUGUUAUAUAUUUUAUAUUAUUAAAAAUAGUCCAACACUAUAAUAAGUAUUAUGCAAUUAAUUAUUAUUAUUAAGAUUCCUUAAAGUAUUCACGAAAAUUUUUUGAAAUAUUUUUAUAAAUAUCCAUAUUUUAAAAAAUAUGUAUACGUCAUGUUUUGCAGAGAAUUAAAUUUACUAUAAAAUUAUUUAUUUGAAGUGUCUUUCAAAUCUGCAUAUUUCGUAAGAUUUUUCCACGGAUUUAUAAAAAAAUAAACAUCGAUCUUCUUGUGUGUUUUUUUCAUUUUUUAUAGAAAUUCUCUCAUGUUUUUACCGGAAAAAAGCAAUUUUUUAAGGAGUGUUUGAAUGACACGUGGCCCUUAUGGGACGAUAGCCAAUAAGGAUAAGAUAGAACGCGAAAAAAAUUUAAUUUUUAACGACCAUCCUAAUAAAUAUACAAGUUGAUGUUAGAUUAAAACAAAUAAUUUAACAAAAAGUAAAGGUAGGAUUUGUUUGUGAGAUUUGUUAAAUAGAAAAAAAUAUUAGUAUGGUAAAAAAAGUACAAAGAAUUCAAUUAAUAAUGCAUUAUUGUAUACACAUAUUAUGGUGCAUUCCGUAUUAUAUUAUUUUUUAUGUUUUGUUGAACCACGUGCCAAAGAAUCGUAGCACUUGACACUGUUCUCGUGAGUUUAAAUAGAUUAUAUGUUUAAUGAAAUAUAAAUAUUUACGUUUACAUAUAUAUACAUAUAUCAAUGUUUAUUAACUCAAUAUAAUUACAUAUAGAUUAUUCGCAAUGUAUCAAUUUGGUUACAUUAAUUUUCUUAAAUUUAAAACAAAACGUAAAAUGUUCAAAUUAAAUUUUACAAAUUUUAUUUAUGAAUCAGUAAAAUUAUCUGAUAUCAAUACGUAUGAUAAAUUUUUCAAUAAUGAUAAUAAACAUUCAGGGUUUAAACCAAUGAGCUUCUUAGAAAAGUUAAUCAACAAUUCUCGAUAGAAAUAGCAGUAGGAUAAAACUAUCUUAGCAAUAACUGACCGUAAUGAGAUUAAAUAUUGGAUAAUCAAUUAAAGUUUUUAAAUAAUUAUUUUAAUAUUUGAUUCGAUAA